GCCAAAGAACAAAACAUUUUGUCUUGUGUGUUUGUCAGCUUAGCGCACAAUGAGGAAUGAAAUCUGUUCGUUGGCGUUUGUCCGGGCAGUCUUUGCAGAAUUUUUGGCCACAAUGAUAUUUGUUUUUUUGGGACUGGGCUCUGCUCUCGGCUGGAAACCAUCUCUGCCUAACGUUCUACAGAUCUCGUUAGCUUUCGGCCUCGCCAUCAGUACAUUGGUGCAGGCUUUUGGGCAUGUUAGUGGCGCCCACAUUAACCCAGCCGUCACUGUGGCAUUUCUAAUUGGGUGCCACAUUUCUUUUCUACGUGCCCUUUUUUAUAUUGUUGCUCAGCUUGUGGGGGCAAUAGCAGGAGCCGCUAUUGUGAGUGCAGUUGCACCUCUUGAUGUCCGUGGAAACCUAGCCAUAAACUCGAUAACCAAUGGAUCCCCUGGACAAGCAUGUGCGGUGGAGCUUUUUCUGACAUUCCAGCUAGUUCUAUGCGUCUUUGCAUCAACAGAUAGUAGAAGAAGCGAUAAUGUGGGGUCACCAGCUUUAUCCAUUGGUCUUUCUGUUACCGUGGGACACCUACUAGGGAUUUAUUUAACUGGCUGCUCCAUGAAUCCUGCAAGAUCCUUCGGGCCAGCAGCAAUCACUGGAAUCUUUACAGAUCAUUGGGUGUUUUGGAUUGGACCUCUCCUAGGAGGAAUUCUGGCAUCUCUCUUUUACAAUUAUGUCUUUUUCCCACACAAAAAAUCCCUCUCAGACAGGUUGGCCAUUCUAAAAGGCACACAUCAGCCUGAAGAAGUCUGGGAUAACAAACAAGAGCAAAAAAUACAAUCUGUAGAGCUUUACUCUGCACAUCCACUGCCCAAAGUCAUUGAGAAGUUCUGAGCCUGUAAGAAAAACAUGUUGACGCUGUUCUCUAAUUUGGUGCAUCAGCGGGGGGUCACCAAUAUGGCACAGGUAUGGGACCUGUUAUCCGGAUUGCUCAGGACCUUGGCUUUUCCAGAUAACAGAUGUUUCUGUAAUU